AAAAAAAAAAAAAAAACCUCAAUUGUGUUUGUUUGGUUGCGUUGUUGUUCCAAAAUACGAGUACUUCUCGAAUAAGGUAAGCCUCCCUUACCAAUAAAUAUACAAUUCCAAGCUCUUUACUAUUGUUAUUAUUAUUAUUGGGCUUUUGGAUUGGAUCUCUGAUAAACCCUAAUUAGAAUUAUUAUUAUUAAUAAUAAGAGGGAUUUGGUUGUGAUGAAUGAGAAACCCUAAUAAGAAGAAGAAGAAGUUGGGGAGAAAGGCGUAGAUGCUUGUCUCUGGAGGUGGAGGGGGACUGGACCUGAAUUGGUUCCUGCAGUUCUUGUUUACUCUCUUCAUUAUCGCUGUUGGAUUGCUCCACCUCGUCAAGAACACCGCUUCCAAGUACUUUGAGGUUGACGCCAAUUUUGAAUCAACCCCACCCAGAGAUUCAGCAAUAGUCGUAGAAAAUAGCAGCACCACCACCACCAACAACAGCUCAAGCUCUAGCUCUAGCUCUAGCUCUGAUCAUCUUCAUCUCAGCUCUCCAAUGCCCAACGAGGACACCGCCUGCGCCCACUGCCGCAACCCCGCCACCAAAAAGUGCUCCGGUUGCAAGGCCGUUCGCUACUGCUCGCAUAAAUGCCAAGAAGCUCACUGGAAAUCUGGACAUAAGACAAAAUGCAAGGAUUUGAGACCACCUGGGGUAAAUUCAACUGCAGGGUCUGGACGCAAAACUUCUGGGCUUGGGGGUAAAAGUUGCUCGGGAAUUGCACUGGUUCCUGCUCAUGGUCGUGGAAUCUCUAAGCCAAUCAAGCAGCCAAAAAAAAUUCUUUUUCCAUACGAAGAAUUUGUGAAUUUUUUCAAUUGGGACAAGCCAGGAUUCCCUCCUUGUGGACUUCUAAAUUGUGGGAACAGUUGCUAUGCCAAUGUGGUUCUACAAUGCCUUGCAUUCACACGGCCACUUGUUGCUUACUUGUUGGAAAAAGGCCAUCGGAGAGAAUGUAAUCGUGAUGAUUGGUGCUUCCUAUGUGAAUUUGAAACACAUGUUGAAAGAGCAAGCCAAAGCUUGCAAGCCUUUUCACCUAUAAAUAUUCUCUCUCGCUUACCUAAUAUUGGUGGUAAUCUUGGCUACGGAAGACAGGAAGAUGCUCAUGAGUUCAUGAGGUUUGCAAUAGAUACAAUGCAAUCUGUCUGUCUCGAUGAAUUCGGUGGAGAAAAGGCUGUUGAUUCUAGCUCUCAAGAGACAACCCUUAUCCAACAUAUAUUUGGUGGUCAUCUCCAAUCUCAGGUGAUAUGUACAAAAUGCAAUAAUAUUUCAAAUCAGUAUGAAAGUAUGAUGGAUUUGACUGUGGAAAUUCAUGGGGAUGCUGCAUCUUUGGAGGAAUGCCUAGAACAAUUCACAGCCAAGGAGUGCCUUAAUGGAGAAAAUAUGUAUAAAUGUGAUUGCUGCAAUGACUAUGUUAAGGCUUGGAAGCGUCUUACUGUGAAAAAAGCUCCAAAUAUUCUUACAAUUGCCUUAAAAAGAUUUCAGAUUGAAUUUGAGAAUGUCUCUCAAAAUUCUAGUUUAUCUAUCUGCAAAUUUUUACAGAGUGGGAGGUUCGGGAAACUUAAUAAGAGAGUUACUUUCCCUGAAACUUUGAAUCUUAGCCCUUACAUGAGUGAACCAGGAGAUGGUACAGAUGUAUACAAGCUUUAUGCGGUGGUUGUUCAUUUGGAUUUGUUGAACGCAUCCUUUUAUGGGCAUUACAACUGCUAUACCAAGGAUUUCCGUGGAAACUGGUAUAAAAUUGAUGAUUGUAAGGUUACAAGUGUUGAAUUAAAAGAGGUACUUUCUCAGGAAGCAUAUAUGCUUUUCUAUUGCAGGGUGAGUGCUCGUCCAUCAUGUCUUAGACCUAUUGAACCUUCGGUGGAGCAGCAGCAGCAGAUGGUACAAGUGACAGCAGAGCCUUGCCUAAAAGAACAAGUUGAAUGCUCCACAACUGUGGAGUCUCUAAAUCACAUGAAUGGUUUUGCGGUAUCGUCUGAUGAUAGUAGUCCGUGCCCAAAGGUUUCUAGCUGCGAAGAAGAGUCAUCUACUGGAAUCAACCCUGUAGCCCUAAAAGAAAAUCAUCAGGAUGUGGGGGUGGUCUAUGUCGAGUCAAGUUCUGUUUCUAAGGAGGUUGCCAGCUGUGAAACUGAUUCAUAUUUUGGAAUAAGCAUUGAAGAUUUAAGAGAAGAGCCAGAGGAUAUAAACACGACCAAUUCUGGGUCACAUUCACCAAUUUCAGUAGAGUUCUCUAGCCAUGAGAAAGAAUCUUCUGCUGCAUUUAAUUCUGUGGCUGGAAGAGAAGAUCCAGUAGAUGUGAAUAUGGCUGAUUCUGAGUGGUGUUCAGCUGAGUUAAAGGAGGUUUCCUGCAGUGAGAUGGAUCCUGUUUCAAUGGAUUGUAAAUUUGUAAGAGAAGAUUCAGGGGAUAAGGAGGUUGAGUCAAGACCAUCUGUUGCAAAGCAUGCCGAGGUUUAUGGCAAUGGGCACAUUGAUCAAAAUGAAAUUCCAUGUCGAGAAGAACAUGCUCAUAAACCAGUUUCGGCUGAAACUCAUAAAUUGAAAGACGUACGACCCCUCCACAAUUCUGAUUGUGAGAAUGGAAAUGGAGCAGAGAGAGUAGGAAUAAUGGGUGACAGUUUCUAAUAAUUUUAGGUUCUUUUUUCUAUAUUUCAUAUUCUUUCAUGAUCCCACCAUCAAAAGGAAAAGAUUUGAGUUGGGAAUUCUUUCUGGGGUUUCAGUAUUUGCAGAAAUCUCGGUUCCAUUGUACCAUGAUCAGAUUGACUCUUAACUUAUCAAAGUGGACACAGUUAAGGAUAUCGCAAUAGAUUGUAAGGAGGAGGAAUUACCUUCACUCUCCAUUGCUGAGCUAAUUUUGUCUAUAAAAAUAUCUACGGUAGAAUUAAUUUUCUUGUCUUA